AUACCUUACAAGGGUUAAGCAGGAAUCAGCAGGUAAAGAAAGUGAAUGAAUGUUCUACGAGACUGAAGUUCCUCAUCUUGGUUCCAGUUGGACUUCCUCCAUUUUAAUGUGCAGCUUUGGGCUGCCGGUGCUUAGGUGACGUGUUAUGUUAUGUUGCUGAUGUGAGAACAUGUGCUGACGCUGUGUGGUGACAGCAGGGCUGCAGUGCACAGGUCUGCUCUCCUCUCCAGAGACCUCUCCCAGUAACAGCUCUGCAGGCCGCUGCUUCUCCAACCCCAGCUACCACACCCUGGGGCCCUGCACCUACACCGCGCACUACGCCAAGCCCGACAAGGGACUCUCUGCCAAGAGGAAGUUAAAGAAGCGACAGAGGAACAGUGCUCCGGAGUGGGGGGCCUACUGCAACCUCAGCGAGCUGGGUGUGUACUGCAUCGACCGGCGCUACAGCUACCACGUGGAGCCGCGCUACAGAGACUACAUGAAGGGCUCCCUGUCCAGCACCUGCUCCAUCAACAGCGAGAACCCGUACGCCACCAUCAACGACGCGCCCGCCGCCUGCAAACACUCGGAGAGCAGCUACGUGGAGAUGAAGUCGCCCGCUCACCACGAGCACAUGGCACACUGCUGCUCCGCCGCCAUCAUCACCACGACGACCACCACGUCCGCCCCCGCCAAGAACGUCUACGACAUGGAACCAUCCAUCAGUAUCCUGCAGGGAGGGGGGGGUGCGGCGGUCCCCGGUUACCCCCAGAACCCGUACGACCUGCCCAGGAACAGCCACAUCCCGAGCCACUACGACCUGCUGCCGGUG